AUGCUGUUUCUUGCAGCCUGUGUAGGCCUUCAUACGUUCAAAUGGUCGAUCUACAAUGCGGACAGUCAGACGGAAUCUGGCUGUCUCAGCUUCUUAGGCGUUUGCCUCGGCUUGCUCCUAAUGUUUGGCGAGUCGACGUGGGAACUCUUCUUUUUCUUUUUUGGAUUUAUGAGGUAUCGUCUUGGCCGAGCUUGCAUCUAUAUUAUCAGUGGCAUGAUGCCUGCGACACUAGGCAAGGCUCGUGAUCGGGAGUGUGACUGUAACGACAAUGUCGUUUUGAUCAUCGAAGGCGUUGCCCUUAUCGCGAUAGCCAUAUUGCAGUUACUGGCCAUCUUCUUGUUCGGCAACAAUAGCUCUACACGCUAUAACCAAGAACUGGCCCAAAGAAUUGAUCUGUCUGAAACCACCCCUUUGCCAGUCAUUGUACCUCGCCAAUCGUCAAAAGACACGACUUCGUUUCAAGCUGUCAUCCAGCCCCCUUGCGCCAGCUUUAUGAAAGCUCGUGAGCAAGUAAUGCAAGCGUCUCCUCCUGCUCCUGGAGGUAAUAAUCUGCCAUCUUGGAUGCAUUCGUCCUAG